AUGGCGUCCUCCAAUUUGUACACGCGUGUGCGGGCCGCGGAGAUUGUGAACGAGCUGCGUGCGAAUGAGAAAAAAUCGCGUUCGGCCGUGUUCCGCAAGACCGCUCUCAAGAAGAUCGUGGCAAACAUGACUUUGGGCAACAACGAAAUGGUUGGACUUUCCAACGAGGUCUUAGCGAUAACGCUCGACCUGGCAAACGAUACCGAAGCCAAGCGUCUGGGAUACCUAUUUUUCAGCACCUACUAUCCCCAAAGACCACACGAUUGCGUCAAUUUGCUGCCGUUGCUGGAAAAAGACUUCCAGAGCGAAUCAGCUGUGCUCCGCUCCUUGAGUAUACGCACACUCGCAACAAUCCAAAUCCCAGAGUUUCUAGCCAAGGCAAGCGUGCUGGUAUGCAAGGCAAUGGAGGACAAGGACCCGCAUGUGCGCAAAACAGGAGUCUACGCUGUUUCUCGGAUCUAUGGCCGUGCUCCGGAAGAGGUCCGCCAACAGUUUCUGAAGGGUCUAAAUCGGCUUCUUCACGAUCCUACGGUUUUCGUAGUUGCAGCGGCAGUGGACUGUCUGCGUGAUCUGGUGGAAAACUACGACGGGUUACAGCUUUCGAUCGACCGCAACAACUGUAUCCGGAUCGUGGAGCUGCUUGCUGGGUGCGACGAGUGGAGUCAGGUCAGUCUUUUGAACUCCGUGAUAGCGUUUGUGCCGCAGACGGAGGCUGACGCAAUCUCUCUGGCAGAGAAGUGCAUUCCGCUGCUACAGCACGGCAACUCGAGUGUCGUGCUCAACGCCCUCAAGGUGAUUGUCUAUCUGAGCAACUACGUGCGAAAUUUUGUAGAUGUUCUUCCGGCAAUCUCGAAGCGGGUUUCUGGAUGCAUAUCGAAUCUCAUGUCCAAGCCUGCCGAGAUCCAAUUUCUGACCAUGCGGAAUGUUAUCUUGCUACUGCUGGAUAAGGCCGAGAUGCUUGAACUGCAGGUUUCGAUGUUUUUCUGCCAGUUUGACGACCCGGUGUACAUCAAGGACACGAAACUGGAGCUGAUUUUCUUGCUCGCCAACGAGAGUAAUAUCUCACUCGUUCUGCGCGAGCUUGAGGAGUACGCUUUGGAAAUAGACGACCAGAUGGUGCGCAAGAGCAUUCGUGCCAUUGGAAACCUGGCCAUCAAAAUCUCGUCCGUGGCGGACCGCUCGAUCGAGGUGCUUUCCGGGCUUCUUGCCAGCUCGCUGCCCCAUAUUGUGCAGGAAGUGGCCAUCAUUUUAAAAGACGUUCUUCGCAAAUAUCCUGGAAAAUACCUCAAUUUGAUAGAUCUGCUGGUGCAGAACGUGGAUCUGCUUACCGACUCCGACUCCCGCGGGUCCUUUAUAUGGAUUUUAGGCGAGUACUGCAACUCCAUUUGCGGCUCGGUAGACAUUCUCCAGAAACUCUACGCCAAUUUUGAUAACGAGCCAACACAGGUGCAACUUACCACCCUCACUGCGUUGGUGAAGACGUAUCUGUGUUUACCAUCCAAACAGACCGAGACCCUCGUACUGGACGUUCUACGCAGAACGACUGAGGAGGCGAACGAGCCAGAUUUGCGCGAACGCGCGUUCUUUUACUGGCGUCUUCUCUCCUCCCAUAAAGACAUUAAGGACAUCGUCAAGCCCGUGCUGCCGAUCAUCGAGGUUUCCAGCGACAAGCUGCCACCAGAAAUACUGGAGGAGCUGGAGCUCAACAUUGGAUCGCUGGCCUCUAUCUAUUUACGCCCCGUUCAGCAGGACCGAGUCACGUGA